UUAAAUUCAACUUCCGGUGCUUAAUGUUGUUGCGACUAAACCUGCUCGCUUAGUUGGAAAAGCGACGUCAUUUUUUUAUGUACAAGUUGUUGCUCCCCUGAUAAAUGUUUUAAUGGCCAAGAGAUGCGCAGACGACUCUCGGCUUCAGGGCACCUCCCCGAAAAAAUCCUGCCGUUCAAUAUACAGUGUUGACAUGAUGGCGAAGAGCAUGGCCCCUAUUGGGGAUGUGAGUCUGCCGUCGUUGCAUGCGUUGUUGGGAGGUCGCUGCAGGAAGAGGCCCUACUCUUUCGAAAACGAAGAAACCACCGAAGACGCUGUUCCAAGCCUUAGAAGAGCUCUGUGUCACUCCAGAGAGCAUGCAGUAAAUGUUUUGACUGUGCCGACUUGUGGAGUUUUGCAGGAACGUCGCAGAUCCUUGACAGUGGAGAAGAGACCUCGGCAGGAAAGCUUUGGUUCAGACACCGCUACUCCCACAAUGAAUGAUAAACCAAAGGGAGACUCACACUCUGAAGACUGCACUUAUAACUCCUUUCAGUUUUGGAGGGUCCCCCUACCUGAACUUGACCUCUCACUGCUACAGGAUGACAGUGACCAUUCUCAAACAAAAGAGAGGUCAAAAGUCAGUGGUUCAUCUGCAGAUGCUAUGGAAACCUGAGGGGAGCAUGUCCAGGUCGCCUCACAAUCUUCGAGUAAACAUUAUAAGGAUGCUUCUUAAGCAGGUAGAUCUGUUACAAACACAGUAAAGUACCCUGAAAACCCCCCAUUUGUGGUGGCAAUGCCGGAAAUUCCAAAGCAGUUAAUGAAUGUGGCUCAGGGUGGUGUAUGGUGACAGUGACUUGAAUAAAGCAACAGUCUUCUGGAGAGAUUUUUGUUUUAGUACACAUUUAAAGUAAUUCCUCUGAAUCUCAGCAGCUUGUGUGUGCAGUAUGUCAGGCAGACUUGAUGUACCUUCUGUUGUGUGCUUAAUCUUUGUCUUGCAACACAUUAGCAGAAUGGUAGCUCAACAUGAAAAUGUGAGCUUUGUCGUCACACAGCUGUUCCAACUUGUUUUGGCCUAUUUAAAAGCAGCUUGACGGAUCACUUGUUCGUUAGUGAUUUUGAAUGUCACAGACUUGUAAAGUGUUUUUCAGUGGAAAUUAAUAAAAAUAUUUUGAGUA